AUGGCUGAGACCAAAACCCAGUAUGCCGGAAAGGCCGAAGGUGACAUGGAAUCGACAUUAGCCAUGACCACUACGUCGUGUCGGGGAGACCUGGCAGAUCUUCCUGGCGGACUGGACGAAAGCGUCUUGACCGAGGUUAAGGAGCUGAAGCAAGGACUGAAGCAGAGACAUAUCCAGAUGAUUGCCCUCGCCGGUACCAUUGGCACAGGGCUCUUUCUCGGUUCUGGGCGCGCCAUUGCUCACGCAGGGCCUCUGGGAGCGUUCUUGGGCUACGCGAUUAUCGGCAUGGCCGCGGCCUCGGUAGUGCUUGCGGUUGGCGAAAUGGGCACUCUUGUCCCUUUGAGUGGUGGCAUAGUCCGCUAUUCUGAAUACUUUGUCGAUCCAGCACUGGCGUUUGCUAAUGGUUGGAAUGAGGUUUACGGCUACCUUGUGUCAAUUCCGUCCGAGCUUGUUGCAGUUGCUGUCCUCGUCGAAUUCUGGACCACCUCUGUCAGCAACGCAGUGUGGAUCACCAUAUUUGGCCUGCUAAUGUUGGGCACCGCGUUUCUUUUUGUACGCGUUUAUGGCGAGAUAGAAUUCUUUUUUUCUACCCUCAAAAUUCUUUUGAUCAUUGGGGUGAAUAUUAUGGCCUUGGUCAUUACUUGUGGAGGAGGGCCAUCGGGCGAGUCUAUCGGGUUUAGGUAUUGGAAACAUCCUGGUCCUUUCGUGCAGUAUCUGGGAAUCAGUGGGUCACUUGGUCGGUUCUUGGGCUUCUGGACUGUCAUGUCCAACGCAUUAUAUGCGUUCUCUGGUAUCGAAAACAUCACCUUACCCGCAGCAGAGACACAGAACCCACGCCAGGCCAUUCCCAAGGCCACCAAACGCAUAUUCUGGAGAAUCCUAAUCUUCUACAUUAUAAGUAUUUUCAUGGUGGGCUUGGUCGUAUCGUCCGAUGAUCCAAGAUUAUUGACCGGAAGCGCCAAUGCAGCCCGGUCUCCCUUUGUUAUCGCGGCAAAAGACGCAGGAAUCAAGGUGGUCCCGAGCAUCAUCAAUGCCGUGGUCUUGACAUCGGCGUGGUCCUCCGGCAAUGCUAACAUCCUCGGCGGCCCCCGUAUUCUGUUCGCACUGGCCAAGCACGGCCACGCACCAGCGUUCUUCACGCGCUUGAAUCGAUUUGGCGUGCCUUACAUCGCUAUAUCCCUGUUUGGUAUCUUCAUGUGCCUGGGAUACAUGUCAUUGUCGAGCGGCGCAAGUACCGCCUUCACUUGGCUACAGGACUUGGUGUCAGUUAGCACUCUGGUCAACUGGAUGACUAUAUGCAUCACCUAUCUACGUUUCUAUUAUGCCUGCAAGGCGCAGAACAUUGAUCGACACACCAAGCUGCCCUGGGCCGCUCCUUUCCAACCGUAUUCGACCUGGGCGUCUCUGGGCAUGUUCAUCAUUAUCUACCUGACGGGCGGGUACAAGACAUUCAUGCGCGGACGCUGGGAUACCGAGACCUUCAUCUCAAGCUACCUGAACCUACCUGUCGUCAUUGUUCUCUAUUUCGCAUACAAAUACAUCAAGGGCACAAAACUGGUUCCGCUUGCGGAAUCCCCCAUUCGCGGCUUCAUCCUGCUAGCCGAGGCGAACCCGGAGCCAGUGCCGAAGCCCAAGCGCGGGAUUCAAAAAUUCAACAUCCUAUGGGGUUAG